GGGACCAAACGUUCCCCCUCCCAUCACUUCCUCGUCAUUUCUGGGAACUUUUCUCCCAUCAUUCUCGGGAUUUACUUCGAAGAGCCGUAGGUCAUUUUUCGGUCUAAAACUUUGGCAACGGGAGACGAGGGUUCCGGAGCUAGGCACACGGGUUAAGGUGCUGUGCUAAGCCUCCCUGAGACAUCAUGGCAGAGCAGAGUCCACCUCCCUAUGAUGGCAAGAAAACUGGAGCUGCAGAUACAACAGAUUUGGAGUGUCUCGUAGAGGAAGAUGGGGGUUUUCACAUUGAUUAUUGGGUUGACAAGAAUGUCCGGCAAACUUUCAUUCGCAAGGUCUACAGCAUCAUCACCCUUCAGCUGUUGGUGACUGUGGGCAUCGUUGCACUCUUCACUUUUUCACACCCUGUGAGCCAUUAUGUGCAAAGGAAUAUUGCCCUGUACUAUGUAUCUUAUGCUGUAUUCUUGAUCUGCUACCUUGUGCUGGCCUUGUGUAGAAGCAUCCAGAGGCGCUUCCCAUGGAACAUAAUCCUCAUGACUAUCUUUACCAUGUCCACGGCAUUCAUGACUGGCACAAUCGCAAGCGUGUAUGAGACCAAGACUGUAGUCAUUGCCAUGAUCAUCACAGCAGUUGUAACCAUCACUGUCACUGUUUUCUCCUUUCAGACAAAGGUGGAUCUCACAACCUGUCGUGGUUUCUUCUGUAUCAUGGCCAUUGUCUUCAUGGUGACUGGCAUUGCCACUGCCAUUGUCCUGAGCUGCAAAUACAUGUACUGGCUCGACCUGCUUUAUGCGGCCAUUUCUGCUGUGGUCUUCACCCUGUUCCUUGCUUACGAUACUCAGCUGCUGCUGGGGAACAGGAAAUACGCCAUCAGUCCCGAGGAUUACAUUUAUGGAGCCAUCCAGAUCUACAUAGAUGUCAUCUACAUCUUCCUCUCCUUCACACGGCUUGUGGGCAGGAAUUAGAGACUGUGGGACCUGUACUUAGGGCCAGGACUUUGUCUCAGCAUUUGGGCAAAAAGGUUCUUCAGCUUUUCCCUCUUCACCAGCACACGAGUCUGUUGUUUGCAAAGAUCCUAUACUGAUGGUACACAAAGCUGAUGCAUAACCACUCCGCCACUAAGGCAUUUUUGUGUGGCCAUUAAAAUUUUGCAUGAAAUUUGACUGCAUGGAAAUGCUCAAUUGCAGAGUUAGUUGCGCUUAGGUCCUGUUGAAAUCCAUGAGAUGUGUUAAUAGUCGCAAUUGAUUUAAACCCUUCUGGUUUCAGUGUCUGGGCACAAAUUGAUUUCCUGGAUUGGAGCCUGUAAUUUUUACAUUUUUCUGCAACAUAUGCAGGCAAGAAAUAUAGACCUUGCAGUGAAGUUCCGCUCUCUUAGCUAUAAUUGCAAAUAUAUAUAUUUAAAAUAAGCCAACUGUCCAUUCUUGUUACAUAUUAGAGAUUACGGCAACUUUCUUAAUAUAGCACUGUGUGACAUAGUAGGCCAGUGAUGGCGAACCUUUUAGAGACCGAGUGCCCAAACUGCAACCCAAAACCCACUUAUUUAUCGUAAAGUGCCAACACGGCAAUUUAACCUGUGU